AUUCUUUUUUUCUCUUAUGGGAAAGACAGUUUCUCAAUUUUAGAAAGCUAUUUCAUUAUGACUAUAGAUGGAUUUAGCGUUUUAGACAAGGCAGCCAAAGAGAGUUUCGAUAGUGCUUUUGAUGAUUUGGGUGUGAAACUACAACUACAAAACCAACAGCAUACUCAAUCUUUUCCUUUUAGUAAUAUGAUGUUUGUUGAUCAUAAUGAUAAUAAUCCCUACCGUCCAUUCCCAUCAAGUGGGUUUGGUGAUAUUGGUCCCACAAGGAUCAAAAACAGGCGGUGCUUCAUCUCCUCCAAUGAUAAUAUUGGAGGAGGACAUAGUGAUACUGAUAGAGGUCAUUGUGCAGUUAUUAGUAGCAGUGUUGCAGGUGGGUUAAGGUCUCUGCAGCCUUUUGCUGCUUUCAAAUCUGAAUCCGCUGGAGGAAUGGCAGCAUCUUUGGGAUUUCCUUUUACAAAUGCACAGUGGAAAGAGCUUGAAAGACAAGCUAUGAUAUAUAAGUACAUGAUGGCUUCUGUUCCUGUUCCUCCACAUCUUCUCAUCCCCACUUCAAGAAAUUUUCCUUUAGACCCAACUGUUGCUUCCCACCAUUUAUUGGGCAGUGGUCUGAAUCUGAAGUUUACAAAUGGGGCAGAUCUAGAGCCAGGGCGGUGCAAGCGAACAGAUGGGAAGAAAUGGAGGUGUUCAAGAGAUGUAGCGCCUGACCAAAAGUAUUGUGAGCGUCAUAUGCACAGAGGUCGUCCCCGUUCAAGAAAGCCUGUGGAACUCCUUUCUAAUACCAACACCACUAAUAACAAGAAGAUCCGUUAUACUUCCGCAGAAUCUGCUUCUAAUAAUAACAAUGGUGUUGUUUCCGAGUUUGAUGAUACUCUUGCACAGCCAUAUCUUCAGGCCCCUGUUUUUCUUGAUAACCCCAAUUGCAAAGUUGCAAACUUUGAUACUUCUGUGGCCUUUGCUUCAUCUUUCAAGGAACCCAGGAGUAUGAAUUGGGUAGUAAAAGGGCCAGGUGAUCAACAAUGGCAGAAUACAGAAAUUGGAUUAUCCAGUGACUCUGUUCUGAAUCCAGAUUACCAAGAACAAGCUUUGAAUUUGAAUCCCUUCGGAAAUUUUAGUAGAGGAGAAGAUCAACAAAGUAAUAAUCAGUCUACUUUGUUUUUCGAUGACAAAUUCUCUCAUGGAGUAUUAAAUGACCCAAGUGCAAAUUGCAGAAACAGAAAUUCUUCUGUUUCCUCAAAUGGGAAGCUUUUGAAUGCGGCGCUAAGUUUAUCAAUAGAUGGAAGCAUCAGCUCCAUGAAUGAGGAGAUGGGUCAGAUCCAAAUGGGUUUAGGCCUAAUUGAAUCAGAUCAAAUUGGUGAAUGUUGUACAAAACCAAUGGCUUUGGCUCCUGCUUCUUGGACAGAGGCUGCUACACCAGGAGGUCCUCUAGCAGAAGUGCUACAACUAAGUUCUGUAGCUAAUCAAUUAUCUCCUGUGGCUGAGAUUGAGAAUGGUGAUUAUUGUAGUACUCCUCAAGCAACUGCAGUUUAUUCACCAUCUGGGGUUGUGCAGAAAGAGCUUCCUACUUCAUUUUCUGAUAGCAGUAACAAUAGUGUAUAUCAACACUUGCAAGUUCUGUAGGGGCAAAUCUAAGACUGCUUUGCUGUGGCUGAAUCAAGGAAAAUUGCAAUUUUCUGGUUAAGGAGGAUUAUGUUUUGGCGCUUUUAGUUGUUUAAUGGGUUAUUAUUAUCAGUAUUUUUUGUUUUGUGGUUUGUUAAAUGUGAUACUGGAAGUGGCAAGCAAAAUAUAUUUGUUUUGAUUUAGUUCCUUUUACAGGGUAUCAUAAUCCAAUGCAUGAUUGGUGAUUUCUUUUCUUA